GCUGAGAUACCGAGACAUGGCGGAGCGUACACUUUGAUUAAGGUACGUCAGAGGAGUUGCGCUACUUUUGAGUCCGCACAACGCAAAUUAAAUGGCCAAGAAGAGACUAUAAACGCGGACGAACAUGCUCUCCUUGGAAGUGCAGGGAAAAAAUGGACGAAGUUGCCUCGAGUGAGUAAUCCGGAGAAAUGAGUAGCUGUUUAGUGCAGUCAAAAGCCUCAGGCAACAAACAUGGCUUCUGUGCCUUUCUACAGUUUGUAAUGAAAAUGCGCUUCAUUGAGCAUCUCAUGGCGACGGUGCUCAGAUCCUACAAGUGAGCCGACAGAAAGAAGUUCCUGCGUCUUCAUCGGGGUUGUGUCGGGGAAACGGGUGUAAAGCGAUAGCGCAGCGCUAGCUAGUUAGCUGGAGAACUGUAGGAACUGCGAUGGAGCCCAAGCACAAAGAGUUACUACACCAGUGCCACCAGAACUUACUGGAGUCCAUCACGGAUGCGGACCGGCUCAUAGAGCUGCUGAGUAAAUCGGGGACCCUCAGCGAACAGGAGAUCUUCGAGCUGGACCAGAACUGCUCCUCUAGCGCGGAGAAAGUGGACCAGCUCCUGAAGAUGCUCAUGAACAAGCAGAGCGACCAUUUCCUGGAGCUGUGUGUGGCCCUGGAGAAGACCUACCCUCACCUGUACUCUGCCCUCUUCACCAACAGUGGAGGACCAGCAGAUCACUCUGGGUCUACCUACAGCAUUCUGUCUACGAUGCCAUCAGACUCUGAGAGCAGCAGUUCCCUCAGCAGUGUCGGUACCAAAGCCUCAUCACCUCCACCUGUACUCAGUGACACCCGGCCAGCCAGUGAGAACCUGGACACCAUCCUGUUCCAGCUGAGACAAGUCACCAGGGAACGGGACGAGCUCCGCAAGCGCUUGGCACUCGCCUCACCUGGCACUACCUUCGAUGACUGCAGGCCAAAUUCCAAACCUGGUCAUGACUACGAGCGUCUGAAAACGCAGUGCAUGAAGGCCAUGGCAGACCUGCAGUCCCUGCAGAACCAGCACACCAAGACUCUGAAGAGGUGUGAGGAGGCCGUGAAAGAAGCCGACUACUAUCAGAUGCAGCACAGUCGUCUCCUGAGUGAUCAGUCUCAGAUGAAGGAAGAGAUGGAGGUUCUGAAAUUAGAUAACGCUAAGCUGAUUCGGGAACACAACCAUCUGAAGCAGAGCUGUGAGGAGCUCAGGAGGCUUCACUCUGAAGAUCAGAGAGAAGUGGCUGACAUGAGACUACAGCAACAAGAGGUAAUCAGGGAGAAUGGCUCAUCAGAGGUUUUGAACAAGCUCUAUGACACAGCGAUGGACAAGCUGGAGGGGGUGAAGAAGGAAUAUGAUGCCUUGAGUAAACGGUACAGUGAGAAGGUGGCCGGCCACAACACAGAUCUGAGUCGACUGGAGCAGGUUGAGGAGGAGAACAGACGCUUGCAGAAACAAAUCGACGCUCUGCUGAAACAACGCGACACAGCCAUCCAGUACCAACAGCAGUGGACAACAUCUAUGAGACGGUUUGACUCAGUACAGCAGGAGCUGAAUAAGGCCUCAGCCCAGAACAAGGAGCUGCAGAGGGAGAUGGAGAGACUCCAGUCAGAGGUGACGCGCUACAAGAACUUCCAACUGAAGGCGGUGAAGGAUGCGGAGAAGUACAAGGAGGAGCGAGACUCUGUGUUUAACGAGUACAGGCUGAUCAUGAGCGAGAGGGAUCAGGUCAUUAAAGAGGUGGACAAGCUGCAGACGGAGCUGGAAGCUGCGGAGGCUCGACUCAAAAACACCUCCUCAGAGAGGGUGGUGGCCAGUGAAGAGCUAGAAGCACUCAGACAGGAGCUAAAUUCCUCACUGGUGGAUCGAGACCGUGCCAUCUGUGAGAGAAACGAACUGUUGGAAAAAUACUGCCAUGAAGUGAAGGACAAAGCGGAGGCCCAGAAAGAGCUGAGUCAGGCCUGUAAAGACAUCGAGACCGUGCGGGAGGAGAGAGAUGUGGCCAGGAAAGAGAGAACUGAAGCCAUUAUCCAGAGAGACCAGUUACUGCGGGAAUACUACCAGGCCAGACAGAAACAAGACUCUGCCACGAUGGACAUGGAGCGUGCUAAUAAGGAGAUCGAGGUGUUGAGGAAGCAGUGUGAGGCUAUGUCUCAGGAGCUAAAGGAGGCCAUGCAGGAGGCCGAGGUGGCCAAGUGUCGCAGAGACUGGGCCUUUCAGGAGAGGGACAAGAUUGUUGCUGAGAGAGAGAGCAUACGGACUUUGUGUGAUAACCUGCGCAGAGAGAGAGACCGGGCUGUCAGCGAUCUGGCUGAUGCCCUGCGUAACCUUGAUGACAUGAGGAAACAGAGGAAUGAUUCAGCCAGGGAACUUAAAGAGCUCAAGGAGAAGAUGGAGAGCCAGUUGGAGAAGGAGGCUCGGUUCUGCCAGCUUAUGGCUCAUAGCUCUCAUGAUUCUGCUAUAGACACAGACUCAUUAGAGUGGGAGACAGAGGUGGUGGAGUUUGAGAAGGAUCGGGACGACAUGGAUUUGAAGGCACUGGGGUUUGACAUAGCGGAGGGGGUAAAUGAUCCAUAUUUACCAGGGGAUUGUGGGAUAUUUGUGACCAGGGUGGACAAAGGAAGUAUCGCCGAUGGAAGAUUGAGGGUGAAUGAUUGGCUGCUGAAGAUAAAUGAUGUGGACCUGACUAACAAAGACAGGAAGCAGGUCAUCAAAGCCGUACUUAACGGAGGAGGGCUGAUCAAUAUGGUGGUUCGCAGGAGGAAAUCUUUAGGAGGAAGACUGGUUACUCCUGUCCACAUUAAUCUCAUCGGACACAAAGACACUGGCAUCACUCUUGAAGGUGGCAUGUUUGUGGCCGCUAUCGCACCAGGGAGCCCUGCUGCCAGAGAGGGAUCCCUUACCAUCGGAGACCGCCUCAUUGCCAUAAAUGGGAUCGCUCUGGAUAACAAAUCUCUGAGUGAAUGUGAGGCUCUGCUGAGGGGCAGCCAGGACUCGCUCAGUCUCUCCCUCAUGAAGUUCUUUCCUCAGAGCACAUCGGGGCAGAACAUCUUUGAGGGCUUGCGGGAGGCCGAAAAAUCCAGUGGCAGAAUCCACCUGCCAGAGGUCCAUUCUCGUAACAGCAGGAAUCUCAAACACAACAGCUCUACUCAGACAGACAUUUACAGCGGGGACACUGGUGGAGGAGGUGGCGAGAGAAGAAAGAUCAGGACGGACACAGAGGAGAGCAGUUACUCCGAGAGGAAGAUCUUCCCUGUGUCCACCUUGCACCCUAACACCCUCAGACCUGCAUCAGAGCUGGGGGCCCGCUACAGCGGAAGUGCCUUCCAAGAGGUCUGCUACACCCGUUCCGAGUCGGUUGGCCCUGAAUGUGUUACCCUGGAGACCACCCUGGAGAAGAAACACAGUGGUGGCACUUGGCCCAAAAUGGUGGUGGGUGUCGCCAUGACGACCGACAGCCCGGCACAACUCUCCAUCUACAGGUCGCCCAAGCAGAGGAAGUCCAUCUUUGAUGCCGAUGCCUUCAAACGGUCAGAUAUGCCCUCAAAGGCAGACUACCUUGCCGGAUCGCAGCUAGCAGGCCAUUCUCCACAGCCUUCCAAAAUAGACUCUGCCUCCACACCCCCAACCCCGCCCACCCGCAGCGACUCCUUCAAGUUCAAGCACAAACAUCAGGGAAGCUCCGCCUCCGAGUCCACAAUCACUGCAAUUUCUGUUCCUGAACCCAAGCAGGAAGAUCGCAACGGUAACCUGUAUUUCACCGAGGCAGGCUGCGAGGGCAAAGUCCUGAGCUCCAGGAAGUCCUGCGAGGAGGAUAUUGGCCGGAUGCGGCCGGAGGAAACCGAGGUGAAGCGGCCGAGGCCCAAAUCGGCCCCGGCGCUCCGGCGCAGAAUGACUCCUCAGACCAUCCCACUCCAGAGCUUCCAGAGUUAUUCAAAUGAUGGGGACUGUGUGGAGCAGAGGGAGAUGCUGCGAUCCUCUCCUAACCGACCUCACAGACACAGCGUGGGUUUUGUGCCUACAGCGUACAAUGGAACCCUGCCUCCCAACUCUGCACAUCGAGGACUGGCCCCGUGCUCUGCUGUAACAGCCGUUAUGAAGAACCCCGUUUACAUGGUGCGGAGUCACAGAGUUCACACUAGCAACUGCCCUACUGUCGUCAGCCAGAUCAGUCAACAGCACACACACCCCAGUCCUCAGCAUCAAGGAUGUCUCAGUCUGGACUUGAGCCAGAAACGCUCCACAGACUACUCAGAGUCUUCCCGCAGCAGCCGGGCCUCAAACGGCACCAACUCACUGCCGUCCACCGCUAGACUCGGUUCAUCUAAUAACUUGCAGUAUCGCACUGAAAGGAUAAAGAUCCCCUCCACACCACGUUAUCCGCGCUCCGUACUGGGCUCAGACAGAGGGUCUCUGUCUCAUUCAGAAUGCAGCAGUCCCAGUCUCAUCACUCCACCCCUAUCUCCUCUCAAUCUGGAGACAUCCUCAUUUACCUCCAGCCAGUCACAAAGCUCCAUCUCCACCCUACCCAGGAUCUCUGUCAGCCCCGUCCCUGUGGGAGAGCGGAGAAAAGACAGGCCAUACUUGGAGGAGCCACGGAACGUCAUUGUGCACAAAGGGGCGGAGCCUCUCGGCAUCUCCAUCGUGAGUGGAGAGAACGGAGGAAUCUUUGUCUCCAAGGUGACAGGGGGCAGCAUUGCACACCAGGCUGGACUAGAGUAUGGAGAUCAGCUACUGGAGUAUAAUGGGAUAAACCUGCGGAAUGCCACAGAGCAGCAGGCACGCCUCAUCAUUGGCCAGCAGUGUGAAACCAUCACCAUCAUGGCCCAGUACAACCCACACAUGUGCCAGCUUGGUAACCACUCUCGCUCCAGUUCCCGCUUGGAGCCAGUGAGCACUCAGUCCACUCCCCUGGGCAGUGGAGCCGCAACUCCAGAUAACCACUCCACCACUGACACCCUGAGUGAACAGGAUGAAGGCACACUCACCCCAUCCUCCAAACAGACCACACCCACCACCAGCCCCCACAGCUUCGUCAGAAUGUCAUCUGAGAGUUCGAAGAAAGUUCCGGAGCCUCGUUUGGUGACUCUGAGGAAGUCUCAGGUGGAGCUGGGUGUUCAGCUGUGUGGAGGAAACCUGCGCGGGAUCUUUGUGGAGAGACUUGAAGAGGACAGUCCUGCUAAAAGAGCUGAUGGUCUCAUGCCUGGAGACAUAAUACUAGAGUAUGGCUCAGUUAAUAUGAAGAAUAAGACUGUGGAGGAGGCAUACCUGGAAAUGCUUAAGCCAGUGGAAACGGUCACGUUUAGAGUCCAGCAUCGUCUGGAUGAGUUCAACCAGGUGAAAGACACUCCUGGAGAUGGAUUCUAUAUCAGGGCACUUUAUGACCGAGUGGCUGAGACAGAGCUCGACCUCUCUUUCAAGAAAGAUGACAUCCUGUAUGUGGAUGACACUCUACCGAAUGGCAACUUUGGCACCUGGAUGGCCUGGCAACUAGAUGAAAAUGCACAAAAAAUUCAAAGAGGGCAGAUCCCAAGCAAAUAUAUGAUGGACCAGGAGUUUUACCGCAGACACAGUGUGACUGAACUGAAGGAUGAGGCGGGCUCCAGUAAGACCCUCUCUGCAGCCGCACGUAGAUCCUUCUUCCGCAGGAAACAGAAGCACAAACGCAGCAGCUCCAAAGAUGGUAAAGAUGUGGUAGCCUUGGACGCCAUCAGCACAGACUCUCUUCCAUUCUUAGAUGACUGUGUGAGUCUGGCCUAUCAGAGAGUACAGAAGGUUGACUGCACAUCUCCCAGACCGGUGCUGAUCUUGGGCCCUCUGGUGGAUCCAGUUAAAGACAUGCUGAUCAAAGAUUUUCCAGGGAAAUUCAGCAGAUGUGUGCUCGAGGUGAUGAAGGCUUCACAGCAGGCCAUUGAGCGUGGAGUGAAAGACUUGCUCUUCAUCGACUACAAACGGAGGAGUGGCCAUUUUGAUGUGACAACUGUUGCCUCUAUAAAAGAGAUCAGAGAAAAGGAUUGUCACUGUUUGCUUGACAUUGCACCUCAUGCUAUCGAACGGCUUCACAGCGUUCACAUUUACCCAAUCGUCAUUUUCAUUCGCUACAAAAACGCAAAGCAGAUAAAAGAGCAGAAGGAUCCAGUUUAUCUGCGGGAUAAAGUCUCACAAAAACAUUCCAAGGAACAGUAUGAGAUUGCACAGAAGAUAGAGCAGGAGUAUAGCAAAUUUUUCACAGGUAUUGUUCAAGGAGGCACCUUGCCCUACAUUUGCAUUCAGAUCGUAACUAUUGUGGAUCAGGAACAGAGUAAAGUUCUGUGGACGCCGCUGGGCUCUCCGUAGGGGUCUGAGAAGAUCACUGCGAACUGUCUCUCACCUGAGCUUACAACACUAGACUUUAUACACACCACAUGCAAUGGUACACUAGCAUUACGAGCGUCACGUUAAGAUAGUGAUUCUUUUUUUUGUCAACAUUAAUUUUUAUUAUGUUAUAAAUUGUAACAGUCUCUUAUUUGUAUAUGAGCACCUGUCUGAGUGUCAAUAGGUGUGUGUUUAUGUAUGCAGAUGCAGGACAAUAGCACUGAAGUAUUUGUUCAUUUCCAUUGGUCUUCCUGACGGACAGAUUAAUGUUUUAGCAAUGCUGCAAUUGAAACACUUGUUUACAGACAAAUCAGUCGGUGAAUUGUUUAAAGCCUGCUUGAAUGUGUACACUUUGUUUUCUUAAAGAAUUAGUUUAGCCAAAAUUGAAAAGUCUGUCAUUAUUUAGUCAUAUUGUUCCAAGGAGUUUCUUCAGUAGAACAUAAAAGAGCAUAUUUUCCAGAAUCUCUACACUACUCUCACUACUACUUUUUUUUAAUUUUUUUUAUUUAAUUUUAUUUGUAUAUAUAUAUUUAUACAAUGAUAAUGAAUGGGGACCAGGGCUGUCAAGCUAAAGAAAAAAAUAAGGCACCAGAAAUGUAGUCCAAAAGACUCCAUUGAUUUGGAGCACCCAUCAUUCACACAUUUCCACACUUUGUUUAUUAAAUAUUUUGGCUAGUUUGAUAAGGUUUCAGCAGCUUUUAUAAGACUGCAGGACUUUCAACUAAGUAUAAGAGAUUUUUUUUAUUUUUUUUAUCAACCAUGUCUGGGCCUUGUCAUAUGAUAACACUGUAUAGGUAACAGAUUUACAUUUAUAGUCGUUAUAAAACCCCAGUCCCCAAACUCUUUAAUUGAAUGGGGGGGGUGGAAUGCUUAGGUGCUGUUCAGGCAUAAUGCGUUCUUACACUUUAAAGCUAGACACAGCAGGAUGCAUUUGACAAUGCAGGUAUCUCAAGAUGCUUCUUAACCUGAUGUGGCAUCCAAAAAAAUUUAGCACUCCUGCACAAGAAGCUGAAAAAAAGCUGCGAUGUAUGGCGCAACUGUCAAGACAUUUGUUUAACGCAUGUUUACAUAAAAAAAACUAUUGAAAACCAGUGUGAACGACCCCUUAGAUAUUCUGCAAAAUAUCAUCUUUUGUGUUCAUUUUGGUUUUGGAAUGGCAUGAGGGUGAGUAAAUGAUGACACAAUUUUCAAUUUUGAGUGAACUUUACCUUUAAUGAAGUCCAGAACCUCAGAAAAGCAGCCCUGUCCCUGAAAUCAGUUUUUACCAAAACGGUAUGCGUGUUAACCUCCCAUGUUGGACAUAUCAGCUCAAGGACAGAAUACUCGUAUUGUGGUUUCAGUGUAAUUUUGUGGCAAAGGUUGUUGUGUGGAUGGAUGUCAAUGAGUUUUGGUUUGAAUAAUAGUGCUUUUCAAUUGGGCUGAGACAGACAGCAGCUAAGCGGUUUCUACGGGCCAAAUGGAAGUGCCUUUGGAGAUCUACUGAGCGUAUGACAAUGGCAUGAGGUAAAAGCCUGGUAUUUAAACAGUAAAACUUUUCAGAUUGCACUCCAGGGCUAGACAGACCACUGUGUUCUAUGAGAUCUCAGCGUUCUCAAAGCAGAGCUUAUAUUUCAUGAAAAUAUCCCAUGUAACACUUGUACUCGUGCAUACAAACUGAAGUACAGGCACACACGUGUAUGGAUGCAAUAUCAUCUAAAUAUAGAGAAAUAUAUUUACUGUAUUUUUACUAGGCUAUAGGCCUAGGGGAGUGUGACAGAGCAGUCAUGUCUUAGCAAAUAUUAGUGUGUGUGUGUGUGUGUGUGUGUGUGUGUGUGUGUGUGAGAGGGGGGUGGGGGGGUUGGAGAAUGCAUGUUUAUGUUUUGUCAGUCACUUUUAUAUGUAAUACCCACUAAAAAAAACAUAGAAAAGUUGCAGGGUAAACCUGAAAUGGUUUUCUUACAGUAAAUCUGUUUAAAUGUUAGUGAUUUUUCAUUGCUAUUUAAUUUUCUUUUUUUAUUAUUAAAGUUAUGUCUCAUGCUGACCAGAAGCCCCACCGUUAAUGUUGUGCCAAAAAAACAGUCAUGUCAUUUUCUUUCAUUUUCUGUUUGCACUUCCUAAUCAAAUGAAUUUGUAGGUUUCUAGUAGUGAAUAGAAAUGGGUACUAUAAUUUUUACUGUUAUUUUUACAUUUGUGGAUCACUCCUUUUAAGAAACACUACAUAUGUUGUCAUUUAAAAAGGGAUUACUUUUUGCACAUUCCCCCCCCCCCAAGCAAAAUCAGUCCAGAUAUUAACCAUUGGGUUGAAAUUAGUGAAUCUAACGUCUAACUAUUUUUCUGAAUAGCUAGUGUACGGUUUUAAACGAGAAGGAUUCAUCACAGUCAAGUAUUUAGAAAGAACGAUUAGAAGACAGGUACUGUUAUGAUUUGGAUUUUCUUUUAUUCUAAAAGAAUGUGAUUUGUAUGACGAUGUUCGACAUUAAUGCAACAAUAAAAGUCCAUUUAUGUUUCACACAGUGUCAUUAAAUGCAUCAAGAUGGUGUGUGUUUGAUUGAUGGGAAUAUUCAUUGUACUGCAGGGUGAAAUCUCCAUCAUAUUAAGGGUGUCAUGCAGCACUCAAGCUCUGCCAGGCUCCUUCAAAAGCAACUGGCGGCUUCUAUGAUAGAUUGACGUGUGAUGUAAUUGAGUGUGGAGCUGUCUUAUUUGUUGCUCCUCCUUUAAGUUGAUGCACUGCACAACCAUGGGGAAGAUGGGAUGUUAAUUACUGGAACAA